GGAGGAGUGGGUCUUGUCCCCUUGCAAGCCCUUGGGCUGGCAGCCCCCAGGGAUGGGAGCCCCUCGCAGGACUGGGGUGCAGAUUCCCUCUCUGGGCCCAGCUGGGGUCCCACACACAGGCAGGGCUGCACCCUGACAUUUGCCCCAUGGUGUCUGGAGCUGUCUGUAAUUUUUCAGGUGCUGACAUCCCAAAUUGCUGCUCUUGGGCGUCCAUGGGAGGCAGCUGAAGCCAGGCUGAGCAGCAGCAGCAGCAGCAGCACUUGGUCCAAGACUUGGCCCGGUCAGAGGCUGCUGCUCUGCUCCACUCUCAGCUCCUGAGGGCACUGCCGAGUCAUGGAGGGGCUGUGGGUGCCUGGUGUCCUGCUGAUCUUCCUGCUGCCCUGCUCUGUGGGGAGCCAGAGCAGCUCCAUCCCUGACCAGCGGUGGUGGACAGACCCCAAUGAGGCCUCACCCCAGCACCAAGAUGCCAGGGCCACACAGGAGCAGAAGGCUGAUGGUGCCCAGGAGGGGCUGCCCCCACAGCCCCGCUGUGUCCGCUGCUGCCCCCCACCCGAAAAGCGUUUCUACCCCCAGUACCAGCCCAUGCCUCAGAUCAACAUGACCAUCCUGAAAGGAGAGAAGGGGGACCGUGGGGAGCGUGGCCUGCAGGGCAAGUUCGGCAAGACGGGGGUGGCCGGCAGCAGGGGCCACGCAGGGCCCAAGGGACAGAAGGGCAGCAUGGGCGCCCCGGGGGAGCGCUGCAAGAGCCACUACGCCGCCUUCUCCGUGGGCCGCAAGAAACCCCUGCACAGCAACGACUACUACCAGACCCUCAUCUUCGACACGGAGUUCGUCAACCUCUACGAACACUUCAACAUGUUCACGGGCAAGUUUUACUGCUACAUCCCCGGCAUCUACUACUUCAGCCUCAACGUGCACACCUGGAACCAGAAGGAGACGUACCUGCACAUCAUGCGCAACGGGGCGGAGGUGGUGAUCCUGUACGCCCAGGUGAGCGACCGCAGCAUCAUGCAGAGCCAGAGCGUCAUGCUGGAGCUGAAGGAGCAGGACGAGGUCUGGGUGCGGCUCUACAAGGGCGAGCGUGAGAACGCCGUGUUCAGCGAUGAGUACGACACCUACAUCACCUUCAGUGGCCACCUCAUCAAGUACAGUGGGGACCCCUGAGCACCAGGCCCUCCUGUGCCAGGCCAGGUGGCCAAGGAGCCCCUGUCCCUCUCAUGGCAGGAGUGCCACCCCCGUUAUGCUGUUAGUCACCCUAGUGCCAGUACCCCUAGCAGCUGCACCAGUGUGUGAAUUCCCUCACUGCGGCGCCUCAAGGCCAACCAGACACACCUGGAAGAGUUGGAGCAGUUUUAAUCCCCUGCCACAUUAGGGACCAGGAAGCAGCUGCUCACCUGGGGUAGGCAGGGAGCUCACCCACUCUCCCCACUCAGAGCUGGGUUUGCCAGCCUGGCUGAGCUGGCACCAGCAGAGCAGUGUGACUGCUGGUGCAGACACUCACACCGUGUUCCUCCUCAUGCCAACGGUGCUCAGCACUAUCUAGAAAGGCAAUAAACCACUAAGGGUCCUUUCCUGCCACGCUGCAGGUGUUGCAGUGGGGUUGGGUACCCCUGUGGGAAGGGAAUUGCGUCAUUUCCUUCUGCAGAUUCCGUCACUGCUCACCACAGCCUCUGCUCAGGAAGGGCUCUCUCCCCACCAGCAGCCCUGGGAGUGGGGCCUUUGGCCUCAGCCACUUCCUCUUCCCUGAGGUUAUCUGCUGGCCAGGCUUCAUGUUUGUGUAGAUGCAACAGUAGCGUGGGCCAGCGUGCUGACCCCCCUUUCAGCUCAUGCCACAUUAAACACCUCACAUUUCCAGCCUUGCUCACA